AUGAUCGUGACCUCCGACAACAUCGCCGCCAACCACUCGAGCGCACCCGUCCAGGCCUCUAGUGUGCCAGCCCCAGGUAGUCCUCGGUUGCAACAGCAAUCUCGUGCGCAGCAACAAGACCUCUCCUCAACCACACCCGUCGACAUGUCCAACCUCUCUUCGGAUCCGGCUGCCUCUGCCGAUGCUCAUGCUCCCUCAUCAUCUCCAGAGACCACGUCCUCGCCUACCAACGAGCCUCAAUUGCCACCCUCACUCGGUCCGCAGAGAACCGACACAAACACCGCAAUGGUCCAGUCGAUGAAUCCUCCUUCUCCUUCCGCUGCAGUCGCCGAACAAAAAAUAUCAAGACAGUUUUCUACCGCCAUUGGCCCUUCCUCAGACGAGCCGUUGCCUACAGUUCCCGCCAAAGACGAAGCACCAGCAACAACCGCCGCAGGGCCAACUCUGACGGUGACAUUACUCCUCACCUCGGGAGCACGACAUCCUUUUAAGCUAGAUAAUAAAUAUUUCGCGAAGCGCAACGUUGAGGUACCGGAGAAUGAUCCUUUCAACCUUAGUGUCUACAAGCUGAAGGAAUUGAUUCUGCGCGAAUGGCGGGAAGAGUGGGAAGCAAAACCGUCCAGUCCGACUUCCAUUCGGCUGAUAAGCAUGGGCAAGCUGUUGGAUGAUAAAGCAUCCCUCAAAGUUGACGCACCGAAUGUGUUGCACAUGACAAUCAAGCCACAAGACUACGUCGAAGAAGAAGACACCAAGGGCGGCAAAUCCACCUAUUCCACCCACCGCGAGGGUGAGACCAGAAGUCCUGGCUGUCGUUGCAUCAUAAUGUGA